AUGGUGGACAGCUGUUGUCCUGGAAAGGCCACGGCCAUUCCAGCUGUGCCCACCACCUCCAUAUGCUCAAAUGGCGGCAGCUUCCAAAAUGGUAUCUGUUUGCCUAGUUCCUGCCAGAGGAAAACAUGGCAACUGGCCACAUGCCAAGAAACCUGUCAGCCAUCCUGCAGUACCCCAAAUAGCUGUGAACCUGCUUCUUGCCAACCUAUCUGCCUUCCAGCAGCUUCUUGUGUGGGUUUUGUUUGCCAACCCAUUUGCUGCUGUAAAUCUGGCACUGGUCAGUCUCCUCGUCUGGUUAGUUCAUGCCAGUCCUCCUGCUCAGAAUCUACUGGUUAUCAGGCAAAUUGCUGUGAAGCCGGCCUCAGCCAACAAAGCUGCUUCCAGGAACCUGUCUUCAUGUCCAGAUCAUACCCGGCAGCUCGUCGCCAAUCAGUCCGCUGUGACACUACCUACUGCCAGCCAUCCUGCUCUGAGGUGACUUCCUGCCCUGAAACAUCUUGCCCACCAACUGUCUGUGAGGUCAGUCGGUGCCAGCCAACUUGCUGCCAACCAAGAGCAUGUCAGCCCCCCAGUGGUGAAGAUCAGGUCUGCAAAUUGACUUAUGACCACCCCAUCUGCUACAUUUUCAAGGCUCAUCAGUCACGUCCCUGCAUGCCCGUUUCCUGCCAACCACCGACACGUGCAUUCAGUUCUUGUGAUGCUAUGUGCUGGGGGUCCCCUUGCCUGCCACUUCAUUGCCAACUGACUUCUUCCAAAUUCUUCAUCUGCCACCCAGUGGCUAACUGCCAGCCCCCUUGUUUUGUAAAGAACCCUUGCAAACUAACUUCCUGUAGCCCCAUGCUUUCUGGCCAGCCAGCCUGUAGUGGAACCUCUUCCUGCAACCAAAGUGACUGCAAAUCCCCUUCCUGCCAACCAGCUUGCUCUGUGACAGGUUAA